AUGACAUUGAAAGAUAGGGACUUUUGUGCUAUUUACCCUUUUGGACCUGCCUCUUGUUCCCUAUAUAAAGCAUGCUAUUAUUUUCAGAAACAAAACAUUACGAAUCAGAGAAAACAGAAUAUGGAAGGCAAUGUAGAGAUAAUUUCUAAAUAUAUGAUUAAACCAUCAUCUCCAACUUCUCCACAUCUUAAAAUUCUCAAACUUUCAUUUCUCGACCAAAUCGCACCACCAGUUUAUAUGCCUAUUAUUUUCUUCUAUCAAGCUGGUGAAUUAGGCAGCAAAUAUACUGAUCAUGCCCACAAAUUUCAAUUGCUAAAACAAUCUUUAUCCAACGCUUUAACUUUAUUCUACCCUUUGGCUGGAAGAAUUCACGAAAAUUCUUACGUGGAUUGUAACGACGCUGGCGCUGAACUCAUCGAAACUAGGGUUCAUGCUAACGUCUCAGAUGUUAUAGAAGAGCCUCAUAUGCAGAAACUGCAGCAGUACUUGCCAGUGAAACCCUCCAGUGUAGUUGAUGCUGAGGCUGCUCUUCUAGCCGUCCAAAUCAAUUUCUUUGAUUGUGGUGGCACCGUUAUAGGCGUAUGUUUGUCACAUAAAAUAGCAGACGGCACGUCCUUGGUCACAUUCAUCGAAGCAUGGGCAGCCACAUGCCGUGGAGAAUCGAAAAUUAUGCAGCCCAACUUUGAUUUAGCAGCCCUCUUUCCUCCAAAAGACUUCUCUACCUAUAAUUUCAGACCAAGCGAUACCAUGACAAGCGAAAAGAUUGUCACAAAAAGAUUUGUCUUUGAUAAAGAUAAGCUCGUUGCGUUAAAAGAAGCAGCCGCGGUUGGAUCCGAACUAUUAGUGAAGAAUCCCACUUGGGUGGAAGCUGUGUCAGCUUAUAUUUGGAGGCAUUUCAUCGAGAUGGCAAAAGGAAAAACUGAAAAAGAAAAGAUGUUUGGUGCUGUCCAUGCAGUUAACCUAAGAUCAAGAACAAGCCCACCUCUUCCAGAACAUGCUUUUGGAAACUGUUGGAGCAUCGCGUUCACAUUAUUCACAGCUGAUGACCCCAGCAACCUAGGAUAUGGUGAUCUAAUAACAAAGUUGGGAGGUGCGAUAAGAAAAAUCGAUGGCGAUUAUAUUAAACAAAAGAAAAAUGAAGAGAACUGGAGUCGUGUCAAAAAAUUAAAUGAUCCGUCAUCCAAGGUAGAAAUAGAGUUAUGCAAUUUUAGCAGUUGGUGUAGGUUUCCUGUUUACCAGGUGAAUUAUGGCUGGGGAGAGCCAUUAUGGGUCUGCACCACAACUAUGCCGUUCAAGAAUGUCGUACUUUUAAUGAGUACUAAAACUGGGGAUGGCAUAGAAGCAUGGGUGAACAUGCUUGAAGAUGAUGUGGACAAGCUUCAAAUCCAUGAAUAA